GGUAGGAGGUUUAUGGAACACUGCCUGAUACAUAACGUCGAUUAGUCGAUAGCAGCAGCAGUUAGUUAGCUGGAGUCGGCCGAUAACCGAUGUGCAGAGUCCACAGAUGUGCAGAGCUGAGCGGCUCCAGGACGGACACACAGCAGAGCUGCGAAGUCGAGGCGGGGCAACAUCGUGUCGACAGCAAGUCUUGCCCUCUGUGUGCCGUCUCAAACAUCCUCGCGAGCAUGCCUCGAGCAUGACAAUAAACUGGUUGAGCUGGGUGACGCGCGGCGGUGGGGGGAACUGAGAUCAAACAGAAAAGUUUCGACACCUAUAUUAGAAGCAGGUCGCAGCUGUGAAGGAAAAAAACAUGGCGAAGCAGAGCAGAUGACGGGCUUCGAGUGGAACCGACUAGGAGCUUGACGAGUAAAACAUAUCAGUGAGAUUGCAGAAUGGCGCAUCGCUCUCAGUGUUCCUCUGCUGGGGAUAACCCCCUGGACCCCAACUACCUCCCCCCUCACUAUCGGGAAGAGUACCGCUUGAGCAUUGAUGCACUGAUUGAGGAGGACUUGGAUGGAUACUAUCAGUUCCUCCAAAAAGCAGAUGUGGUGGACUUCCUGUCCUCACCUGAAAUUCAGUACAUUCAGAGCUCGGUUCAGGUCCCUCAGCAGAGCUACAACCCUGAACAACAGUUCCUGGAGCCUGGAGGAGAUGACUCCUCAGACACUUACUGGCCCCUUCACUCUGACCUGGACGCCCCAGGCUUGGACCUUGGCUGGCCUCAGCUGCACUCCUUCAUUGGGCCCACAGAGGUCACAACUCUGGUCAACCCACCCGAGCCUGAAAUGCCGAGUAUUAAGGAGCAGGCCCGACGACUCAUCAAGAAUGCACAGCAGGUGAUCGCUAUAGUGAUGGACAUGUUCACUGAUGUUGACAUGUUUGCUGAUAUUCUCGAUGCUGCCAUGAGGAAUGUUGCCGUCUACGUCAUUUUAGACAAGGAGAAUGCACAUCACUUUGUCCACAUGGUGUCCAACUGCAGGGUCAAUCUACAGAACAUUCAACUUUUACGUGUGAGAACAGUGUCUGGCAUCACGUAUCACUGUCGCUCAGGGAAAUCCUUCAAAGGACAGAUGAUGGAUCGCUUCCUGUUGACAGACUGCAGGGCUGUGUUGAGUGGGAACUACAGCUUCAUGUGGUCUUUUGAGAAGCUCCACCGCUGUAUGGCACACCUUUUCCUUGGACAGCUUGUAUCUACCUUUGAUGAAGAGUUUCGGAUUCUGUUUGCUCAAUCCCAUCCGCUGAUGAUUGAAAAUUUCACUCCAAUGGAAGAGUUAAGCCUUUCAAAAAAUAGGCAAUAUCCAAGUGAUAGAACACUAUAUAGAGAGCCAAAGAAAUUUCAGUCAAAUGACCCCGCUCAUCCAGAGGAAUGGCCAAGACAUUCCUCUGAUGAACGCAUGGAGAUAGAUUGGAGAAUGAUGCCCCUUAGAAAGGAGUCCAUGCACAGCCCUGCAGAUGUGUAUAGUAGAUUUACAUCCCAGCAAUCUUGCAUGGAUCCGUCUUUUGAUCAGGGCCCCUCCAAGAUGCCCAUGAUGGAAAACCUCGCCUUCAAACGCCACAGUUAUGCCGAAGACGCUCAUGGUAGAUACUCUUAUCCAUUCUUGCAGCAGGGAAUGGCAGAGCCUGAGAACCACGGAAGGCAGUCCCAGAGGGGGCAGCAGCCUGGACCAGGUCCAGGCAUAGAAGCAGAUUACAGUGGCUAUAACAAGUUCUGGAACCAAGACUUUUAUUCGGCAGUUCAAGACUCUGAACCUGGUUUACCACAAGAAAUGGAACCACUUGAUAACUUUGACCCUGUGCUUAACUAUUUAUCAUCUACCAAAAAUGCAGACUUUGACCAGGGCUCAGAAAAAUUACUACCUGCAUCAGAUUUACCGUUUGGGUCAUCUCACCCUCGAAGAUUGAAUUUAAGCCAGCCACAUGCUUGUCAAACAUCUCCCAGCCCCUCAAAUCUAACUGACCAGAAGCAGUUUUUACAGGACCCUAAUGUUGACCGCAAGGAUCCGCUGGUGAAACAGGGGCUAAGAAACUGGAGGAUUAGCUCAUACCUCAGUGCAUAUGAUAAUCCAGGAGAGGAAGGCUUGUCGUCAGAACCACUUGAUGGACCAGAUGCUUUUGAAGAGCCUUCUAACCCCAUACAGCAAACACCAGGCAUAAAUGUACAUGGUCCUAAAAUCCCGAAUGUGAGAGAGUUUAAGGUUCCUGCAAUACCCAGGGCAAGUCAAAUCCCAAGUUAUGCCAAAACCAAUGUACGAGAACAGACAAAUACAUUACCCGAUGAGCCUAUUGCAGUACCAACAAAAACUAAAACAACACCGACACCUUCAGAAUCAUCAUCAUCGACAACUGAAGUGGAAAAGAUCGAGGAGGGAGAGCAAAAGGAACCUAAAACUGCUGUUCUUCGAAGGGAGGAGUCAUUCCGUAGGAAAUACAAUGUAGUUGUACCAAGGAGCUCUAGGUUAAGAUCAUCAAUGAUAUUCAGCUCACUGGACCAGCAGCAUACUUCUCAAGAUACCAAAACUGCUCUUGAGGAAAGUGACAAAACUGAGCCUGAACAGACAAAACCACCUUUUGUUUUGGGACAAAGGAGGUCGACAGCAAGAGAACCUAUUGAAUGGAGCCGUUACAUGAAGUCAGCCACUUUGAAUAACUCUGCCACAGACCCAUCCAAACCAGAUGAUGGAAACAGUAAACAUGAUGAUACAGAUUCACCAAAGGACAACAAGUCAAAGGAUCUUUCAGAGGCACAAGAAUCACUGAAACCACCAGCUGAAGAGCAAGCAAAUUCUUCACCAUGCAUACCCCAAUCCAAGUUGCCCAGAACUGUUCAGACAGAACAGCCACCCGAAUAUUUGCUCACCACUCCAUUGUAUAUAGAUAUGAGUGAUCCUGAUAAUAGGCUCAUGUUUUUCAAAGAGUUGGCAGCAAAACGCAAAGCCAGUAUGGCUGCAGAAGCUGAAAAAAGCAACGAGAAAGCUCAGAUAAAACCACCAACUGAACUGAAAGAAAAUACUGCUGUUAAAAACGAGGAGCCUUUACCAAAUGAGACCUCUGAAAAGAUUGCUGACACUUCAACAUCUGAGGGUUUAUUAGAUAAAAAUGUCACUGCAGAGGAUUCAGGUAAAACAGCACCCACAGAGUCAGUCAGUCCAUCUUUAGAUGCCAGUUUAGAUGCUAACAAGCAGAACAGUCUGGUCAAGACUGAUCCCAAUACCCCACCAAGCUGUAAUCAAGAACAAACAAGAGUUUCAGCUCAUUCCGAGACGAUAGAGCUGAAGAAAAGCCAAUCAGCAGCAACUCUGCCUGUUUCUGCACAAACAGAAGCAACUCAGAGCAAACAACCGGAAGAGCCAAAUCUGUCAAAUCCUGCUGUAAAAAAGAGUAGCCCUCGUCAUCCACCUACACCACCACAAAUACACAACACAUCACCAAAUGCUACUCCUCCCAGUGUUCCUUCUCUUGCACAAGGUACUGAUGAAAGUGAAAGGCCUUGCCUUGAUUCAACCUCAAAGAAGUAUGGUUCACUCACUCCCAGUUCAGUGGAGGAACCACCAUCGUCUGGAUUGGCUGCAUUGUAUUCUAACACCCCAAAUUCUGAAUCAGUUCAGUUAGAAACCAGCAUUUCCUCUCCUCCUCUGCUACCUGAACAAGACAAUGGAUCAGAAUCCAGCUCUUCUAACCCAUCAGGCCCAAGCUGUUCCGCUGAUAACAUUGUGCCAGGAUCUGGUUCACGGAUCAAUCCAAGUCUGUCACCCUCUAGCUGUGCUCUUCUUUCCUCGCCAGCAGAGACCAUAUCCUCGAAUGUUACCCCAGAAGGUUCAAGCUCAACACUAACUUCCAGCACAUUGUCCCUAAAUGCACAGGAAUCUGUCAGCCCCUCACCACCAGAACCCUCCCAAUUGACUUCAUCUGAGAACCUUUCAGCAGCUGACUCUGCACAUGUGGAAACUGAUAUUUCUCCUGACAAAUGUGCCGCUGGUUUAGAGGCAAACACAUCCUCAUCACUGUCCACUAAAGAGACAGACUCUGAACAAUCUUGUGGACCUACACCUUCAAAAAAAGAUGUUCCUGAGUCAGAAAACAGCUCUGCUCCAAAGGGUGUCAGAGAGAAAUCUCAGGAUCUUGGAUCAUCAAAGAAUGUGAAAGCUGGGAGCACACUUCCUAGCAUUAGCCCUUCAUUGCCUGAAUCAUGUUUACAUAAUGGGUCUGAGCUGGAAAGUAAAUCUAUAUCUGCUCAAAAUGACACUAUUACUUCUACCCCCUCCCCAGCAGACACUCCACCCAAGCUUAGUGCAGAAAAAACAAGCUCUCCUGCCCUCCCAGACUUUACUCCUAAUGCUUCCCAGUCAGAAAGACAAGCGACCCCUCCUUCCAAACCUAAACUGACAGGAUUGGUCUCUCACACUCCUGUUGAAACAGUAUCAUGUUGUUCUCCUCUAACUGAGUCAGUUGGAACAGUGUUGUCCCCUGAGGCUGAAACAAUAUUGAUUGCAUUGCAUAGCCCCUCAGAUACUGAAUGUAUUCCCAAGCAGAUUGCAACAGACUCAACUGAAACUCCAAUGAUUAUAUCAACAGAAACGUUGAGCCCAACUGAGCCGACCUCAAAAGUCCCAACAGAGCCCGCUCUGCCAAGCAAAACACCUGAAUCUGUGACUUUUGAACCCCCCCCUUCAGAGUCACCUGUAUCUGCUGAAAGUAGUAAUCUGGACAGGCAGAAUGAAGUGAACAAAGAGCCUGAAAGGCCUGUCCCCGAUGAGAUAGAAACGGAUGAUACAGAGGCCACAAAUAAGGUAAAUAAAACUACUACACAGGAGUUCGCCUGCAAUGAGAAAACAAAUAAUUGCCCCAAACCGCCAGAGAUCCCAUCAGAUGAAGUUGUUCCUGCAUCACCACAGUCCAAGCAGCCAAAGUCAAGUCAGUCUCGAUACCAAUCAUCAACAGCCAACGUGCUCUCAAGCAGCAACCUCAGAGACGAUACAAAACUGCUUUUGGAGCAAAUUUCUGCGAAUAGCCAAAGCAGGAUCGAAGCUGCUAAAGAGUCUCCUGUCACCGAUGACGAGAAAGAAGACGAAGCAGACAAAAAAGCCAAAAGGGAGAAAGAAAGGGGGAUCAGGUCACUGAACAGAGGGCAGCCUAAAACAGGUCAGGAGCGGGAGAAACUGCUGGAGAAGAUUCAGAGCAUGAGGAAGGAGCGGAAGGUUUACAGCCGAUUUGAGAUGGCACCUUAAAAUGAAAUCAUGACCAAGACCAUUUCUUACCAAAGACAUUUAAUAGAAAUGGGAUUUAUCUGCUUGUUCUGAAGCAGGGGACCCGUAUCGGUGGCACUGAACUUUAAAGUGCGAAACUACCGGUAAUACAAAUUAAUUCAAGGCUGAUUACAUGUUCCAUGACCAAGACGAAGCAGACAAAAAAGCCAAAAGGGAGAAAGAAAGGAGGAUCAGGUCACUGAACAGAGGGCAGCCUAAAACAGGUCAGGAGCGGGAGAAACUGCUUCUUCGGCUUCGAAACGGCUUCUUCCCGAGGGUAAAUCACUAAGCCGCUACCGGUGUGAAACGACUGAGGCUACAUGGGAUCAAAUAUGUUAUUACUGACCGCAUGGGUCAAGUGCAAUGUUUGUGACAGGUUCUGUCUGUGAUGAGGUCUGACCGUGCCUUUUUUACAGCAAUGACAGCCAUUACAUUAAUGUUUACUGUUUUUAAGACAAAAUGUGAUGUAAAAGUGUAAUAGAUCAUCUAAAGUAGUCAGAGAUUGUCAAACUGUAAUUUACUGUUUAUAUUGUAGAAUUUCACAACCAUGUUUAACAAAUAUGUUUAUCACAUGUGCUUGUGAAGCCAGUGAAUAUAUAUAUAUAUAUACAUUAUUAUGCAUGCAUGACUGGUGUUCUGGUGUAAUUAAAUUGUAGCUUUAAGUCUUUGUAAUCUGAAACAAGCGUGAAAUUGAAAAAAAUAUUAACAAACUUGAACAGAGUUGCAGAAAAUGUGAUGAUUUGUGAAACAAACAAACAUGUUACUUUUUAAGUGUUUAAAGCCAAAAGCUACCUGAUUGGCUAGAGGACAGUCGGGUAAGUGACGACAUAGUUAUUUGCUUUUUUCAUUAAAAACUUGUCAUAACCUGUACACUGAAACAACAAAACACUUGCCAUUUGUAAAUGAAAGUUCUUUAAAAAAAUCUGGUUUUCUGUGUGCCUGACUUUGACAAAGGAAGUUCCUUCGAUGUUUUGACAAUUUUCAAAGCGGACGUGUUCAAUUGGACCAGUAAGCCAUAACCGUGUGACCCUGAGGCAGCAUGAACAAAACCAGGAGCCUGAAGAAGCAACUAAAUAUAAUACUGCCAUCUUCAAUUUUAUUACUUACACUUCUGCUUUUCCUGCCGGGACAAAAGACCCGUUCUUUUUUUAAUCCGUCCCUAAAAAUCCAUCUUCUAUUUCAUGUUCCGCUAAAGACAUUACUUCCUGGAAACUUCAGUUUUGUGAGUGUUCACGUUUGAAACGGCUGCUGUUUUUUUGAUUGAUGACAUGCUUGAAAACCAGUUAUUCAAUGUGGAUUAAUGAACACGUAUUUCUUUUCCGCUUCAUGAAAACAGGAUUUAGUUACAAUGCAAUUCCCAAGCCGACACAAGGCAUCCCUUAGUUAAUCUGUGACUCACCACAAUGACCUCUAGCACUCCUGAGAAAUAGUGGAUGUGUUGUGUGGAGAUUGGACCAUUCAAAUCACUCUGGAAGUCCAGUCAGAGCUGUGGGUUUGCAUUUACAGAGAGCAGUUACUACUGUAAGGUUUCGUAUAACUUGUAAUAAUGGGAUGUGUGGUCAUACAAAAAAAUAAUAAUAUGUAUACAGAUAACAAAACAGAAUAUACAUGUUACCUAUGAUAUACCUAAUAUUCAUUAAACAUAUGCCUCGACA